AAAAAAAAUAAACCUCACCGCAUUCUGGCUGUGUGCAACGCAGCGCCGCGUCCUCUUCUUCUCAGCUUGAGUCGAUCCCAGAGUACAGAUUGAUAAACCCUAGCUAUCUGUAGAAACUUUCACCCUAGAAUAGCGAGGAUUUAAAAGGAGUUCGUCGGAACCUAAUUGCUGCGUCGAUUUGAUCGCUGUGAAGAAAGAAACCCUAAUUUCAGAAUCGGUAGUGUGAGACUAUGAAGAUGUGAAACAGCUGUUUGGAAGUUCUCUAAUCAGUAAGUGAGAGAGAGAAGAUGGAUAUUCAUUUGGCUGACGAGGUUUUGCCAAUGGUGAAUACUCAUGGGAUUGGAGAUGAUAGAGAUGCUGAAUCUAGCGAUUGCAGUGGAACAAAUCCGUUGGGAAUCGCAGAGCCGUGUGUUGGCAUGGAGUUUCACUCAGAGAAAGACGCCAAAUCUUUCUACGACGAGUAUUCUAGGCAGCUCGGCUUUACUUCCAAGCCCCUUGCUAAAACCGAUACUGCUCGGGAAUUCGGGUGUAGUAGCAGCAAAAGGUCGAAAAGAAGACCAGCUGAGAGCUGUGAUGCAAUGGUUAGGAUAGAGAUGAAGAGUCAGGAUAAAUGGGUUGUGACGAAACUCGUUAAAGAGCACACUCAUGGGUUGUCAAGUCCUAACACACUCCAUUGUCUUCGUCCUCGUAGGCAUUUUGCCAAUUCGGAGAAAACUAUUCAAGAAGGGGUGAGUGUUCCUAGUGGUAUGAUGUAUGUUUCUAUGGAUGGUAUUCGUGUUCCCUUGGAACCUAGUUAUAGAGGAGCUAGAAGUGCGUCUAAGGAUUCAAAUAGAGUAAAUUAUGGACCUAUGGCUACAAACACGAAGAGAACGCUUGGACGGGAUGCACAUAAUCUGUUGGAGUAUUUUAAGAGGAUGCAGGCAGAGAAUCCUGGUUUUUUCUAUGCGGUUCAGCUUGAUGAAGAUAAUCAGAUGACAAAUGUGUUCUGGGCAGAUUCGAGGUCUAGGAUUGCUUAUACUCAUUUUGGCGACACGGUCACUUUAGAUACAAGAUACAGGUGCAAUCAGUUUCGGGUUCCUUUUGCUCCGUUUACUGGGGUGAAUCAUCAUGGUCAGACUAUCUUAUUUGGAUGUGCACUAAUUUUGGACGAGUCAGACGCUUCGUUUGUCUGGCUGUUCAAGACUUUUCUAACAGCGAUGAGAGAUCAGUCACCUGUCUCUUUGGUUACUGAUCAAGAUAGAGCCAUACAGAUUGCUGUUGCUCAGGUAUUUCCAGGUGCUCGUCACUGUAUUAAUAAAUGGGACGUGCUAAGAGAAGGCCAGGAAAAGCUUGCUCAUGUGUGUCUUGCGUAUCCUAGUUUUCAGGUGGAGCUAUAUAACUGUAUCAACUUCACCGAAACGAUAGAGGAGUUUGAAUCGUCAUGGAGUUCCAUCAUUGAAAAGUAUGACUUAGGAAGACAUGAAUGGCUUAGUUCUUUAUAUAAUGCUCGAGGUCAAUGGGUACCUGUUUAUUUCCGGGAUUCCUUUUUUGCUGCUGUGUUUCCUAGCCAAGGUUAUCCGAGUUCCUUCUUUGAUGGGUAUGUGAAUCAGCAGACAACCCUUCCGAUGUUCUUUAGGCUGUACGAAAGGGCUAUGGAGAGCUGGUUUGAGAUGGAGAUUGACGCGGAUAUUGACACUGUCAACACACCUCCAGUCUUGAAGACUCCAUCACCCAUGGAGAAUCAGGCUGCAAAUCUCUUUACACGGAAGAUAUUUGCAAAGUUUCAGGAAGAGUUGGUAGAGACAUUCGCUUACACUGCAAACAGAAUUGAUGAUGAUGGUACCAAUAGCACAUUUAGGGUUGCGAAAUUUGAAAAUGACAACAAAGCUUAUUUAGUGACGUUUUGCUACCCUGAGAUGAGAGCAAACUGCAGCUGUCAAAUGUUUGAGCAUUCUGGCAUACUCUGCCGACAUGUUUUGACGGUGUUUACUGUCACAAAUAUACUCACUUUGCCACCACAAUAUAUUCUGAGACGGUGGACAAGAAAUGCCAAGAGCGUGGUAGGGUUGGAUGAGCAUGUCAGUGAAAAUGGACAUGAUAGCUUGAUACACCGCUAUAAUCAUCUAUGUCGCGAGGCCAUCAAGUAUGCUGAGGAAGGGGCAAUUACAACUGAAACUUAUAGUAUUGCUUUGGGGGCACUCGGAGAAGGUGGGAAGAAAGUUUCAGCUGUUAGGAAAAGUUUAAGUAGAGCUACACCUCCUAACUCGCAUUGUGUUGGAAUUGGUAGUGAUGAAAAGACCUCACUAUCAGCUACUGACACAACCCCUUUGCUGUGGCCGCGUCAGGAUGAGAUGCUACGCCGAUUUAAUCUUAAUGAUGGUGGGGCCAGAGCUCAAUCUGUUGCCGACCUGAAUCUGCCGCGUAUGGCACCAGUGUCCCUUCACCGAGAUGAUGGUGCCCCUGAGAAUAUGGUAGCUCUUCCUUGUCUUAAGUCAAUGACUUGGGCUUGGGAGAGUAAGAAUACAACGCCCGGUGGUAGAGUUGCAGUUAUCAAACUAAAGUUGCACGAUUACAGAAAGUUUCCCUCAGCAGAUAUGGAUGUCAAAUUUCAGCUGUCUAGCGUUACGCUUGAACCUAUGCUAAGGUCUAUGGCUUACAUUAGCGAGCAACUCUCAUCUCCAGCCAAUAGAGUGGCUGUCAUCAAUUUGAAGCUUCAAGAUACCGAGACAACAACGGGAGAAUCAGAGGUCAAAUUUCAGGUGUCCCGCGAUACACUUGGUGCCAUGUUGAGAUCAAUGGCUUAUAUCCGUGAGCAGCUCUCUAUUGUUGGAGAGAUACAAACAGAACCACAAGCGAAGAAGCAACGCAAGUGAUGUUCUCAGAGAGAAGCAACCACGGAAAGAAAAAAAAAAACUCGUUGAACCUAGAAAGGCCUCAUUAGGGUUGAUAUGUUCCAUAUUUGUGUUGAAGUUGUAAGAUACAAUGUCUCAUGUUUAGCAUAUGUAUAAGUGUCGUGUCAUCUACGCAAGUGUGGACAUUGAGUCUUGAUUUCAAGCCAGGCUUUCAAGUGUAUAUAUCCUUCUUUUACAAACAUUGGAAUAUAUGGAGUGUUGUCUUA